CCAUGUACCUAAUCCAAAUCUCCCAACUCCCAACGUGUACACAGAAACUCACAUCGUGCAAAAAAACUUCAUUCAAAGUAAACAACUUCAAAGGCCCAGAUUAAUAGCUGUGUUUGAUACAUGUCAUGUCGGUCUGUUCCUAUAUUUCGUAGUUUAUUUAUGUUAUAAAGAUCCUGCGCUUGUCGGGUCUGAGUGCUGAGAGAGAGACAAUAAUUGAGACUUUGAGUUUUACAGAAGAGAGAGUUUGAGAGUGAGAGAAAGAAAGAAAGAGAGAGAUUUGGAUGAUGGGAACGAUGGAAGGGAGUCCAAGGAGUGGGUUGUCGAGUCCAGAAGCUAAGUUGGGGAUGAGAGUGGAGGAUUUGUGGGACAUAAUGGAGCCACAGCUGAGUCCUACUGAGAAACUUAAUGCUUGCUUUGAGAGCAUCCCUGUUUCUGCUUUCCCUCCAGCUCCUUCUAAUCAAGCUAUUGAGAUAAAAUCAGACGCCAGUUUAGGUGAAGCUGUUCAAAUACUGGCCCAACACAAAAUUCUUAGUGCCCCAGUGGUGGAUGUUGAUGCCCCUGAGGAUGCUAGCUGGAUUGAUAGAUACAUUGGCAUUGUUGAGUUUGCGGGAAUUGUUUUUUGGCUUCUGUGUCAGUCUGAACCACCGUCUCCUAGGAGUCCAUCCAGUGCAACUGCUCUUGCAGCAGCAACUAAUGGAGUGAAUGCUGAAUUUGAGUUCCUAGGCGCUGAAUCUGCUGCAUCAACUAAUGGAAAUUUUUUUGAAGCUCUGACUUCUUCUGACUUUUAUAAGAACACAAAGGUUCGAGACAUCUCUGGGUCAUUCCGCUGGGCCCCAUUUCUUGCUUUGCAAACAUCCAACUCAUUUCUGACUAUGCUCUUGCUGCUUUCAAAGUACAAAAUGAAAAGUGUUCCUGUGGUUGAUUUGGGGGAAGGUAAAAUUGAAAACAUCAUCACACAAUCUGCUGUCAUUCAUAUGCUAGCAGAAUGUGCUGGACUUCAGUGGUUUGAAAGUUGGGGAACCAAGAGAUUAUCUGAGCUUGGACUUCCAGUGAUGACACCAAAUCAUCUUAUCAAGGUCCAUGAGGAUGAGCCGGUGCUCCAGGCAUUCAAGCUGAUGAGGAAAAAGAGGAUUGGAGGGAUUCCUGUUAUCGAAAAGGGUAGCAGCAGGGCAGUGGGUAAUAUAAGCUUAAGAGAUGUUCAGUUCUUGCUAACUGCUCCAGAAAUCUACCAUGAUUAUAGAUCUAUCACGGCAAAGAACUUCCUGACAGCCGUUAGAAGCUACUUAGAGAAAAAUCAUGAGAACUGCCCAUUAGUGACUGGCAUGGUCACAUGCAAAAGGGACCACACAAUGAAAGAAUUGAUUCAGCUGCUUGAUUCUGAGAAGAUUCACCGGAUAUAUGUUGUCGAUAAUGAUGGGAAUCUGGAGGGAGUUAUCACACUGAGAGACAUUAUCUCAAAGCUAGUACAUGAGCCCCGUGGCUACUUUGGCGAUUUCUUUGAUGGUGUUCUGCCACUGCCCCAAAACAGCAGGGUUUAACAUCAAGAAUAGCAUCGAUUGACACCUUUUUUGCUAGUUUUGUUUUCUUGUAAUGAAUCUAAUGAUCUCUCCUUGUCCUACGGUUUCUUGUUGAUGAGUUGAUUAUGUUGAUUGUAACAUAGGCAAGCACUUGUAAUUAAUUUUAACCCAGUGUAACUGAGUUAACUUUUCUGUAUA